AUGCCUUCCGAGCCCAUCGAAGCAGAGUUUAUCAGUCCCCCAGCGCUCACUAAUGCUCAGGAAGAUGAAUACCGCGUACUGGACAGGGAAGGUCCUCUUUCGCGUCACUCGACACACACCCAGACCUUUGUCGGCUCUGGCACACCUGGAAGCCCUGAAGUUACCGUCAAGGAGCUCGAAGCGGAUCGAACUCGUGAGGGAUACCACAUCGUGAGUUUCGAGAAAAGUGCAGGAGAGGAUCCGCGGGAAUGGAGUCUCUCCCGGAAAUGGUUCGUAACCAUGGCCACUUCAUUCCUUUGUCUUGCGGUGGCGAUGGGGAGCUCCAUCAUUACCGGAGACAUGGUGGGCCCCAGCCUGACUCUCCACAUUCAACAGGAGAUCACAAUGUUGACCGUGACAUGUUUCGUCAUGGGAUUCGGCUUCGGACCCCUAAUCUUCGCACCUCUAUCGGAGUUGUUCGGUCGCAAACCAAUAUACUGCGUCAGCAUCUUCCUCUACUUCAUCUUCACCCUUCCCAGUGCCCUAGCAAAGAACGGCGCAACUCUCAUCAUCGGAAGGAUGCUCGCCGGCUUGGCCGCCUCUGCUCCGAUGUGCAACGUAGGCGGUACUAUCGCUGACGUGUGGUCUAUCGAGCAGCGCGGGGCUCCCAUGGCAAUCUUCUCCACUACCAUUUUCCUUGGUCCCUGCGUCGGUCCUUUGGUGGGUGGUUGGAUCGGCAUGCGUGCGGGUUGGAGAUGGAUCUACUGGGUCCUCUUCAUCUUCGUCGGCGUAUGUUUUAUAUUCACACUCAUCAUGCCCGAAACUCUCGCUCCGGUCCUUCUGCGCAAGAAAGCAGAGAAACUACGCAAAGCAACAGGCGACGACAAGUACCGUACUCUCGAGGAACUCGAGAAAAAGCCCCUCUACGAGUCCAUCAAAAUUGCGCUGGUUCGUCCCUUGGUCAUGAUGUUUACGGAACCUAUCAUCAUCUUCAUGUCGUUCUAUCUUGCCUUCGUGUAUUGCCUCCUCUAUCUGCUCUUUUUCGCCUUCCCAAUCGCCUUCACUGAAAUUCGCGGCUGGAACGCGGGUAUGACUGGCGUUUCGUUCGUCAGCAUCAUGCUGGGUUCCUUCCUCGCAAUCAUAAUCAUACCCCUCCAAGAAAAGAUAUACAAGAGGGCAACUAAGAACGGCGAUUUUCCCGAGGCGCGCUUAUACCUGAUGAUGAUUGCUGCAUUCGUCUUGCCAUUUGGACUCUUCAUCUUCGCUUUCACCGGCGCCUACGCUAACGUCCACUGGAUCGCUCCCCUUAUAUCCGGCGUUAUCUUCGGGUUCGCCAUGAUCCUAUUAUACAUCUCAGCAAACUCCUACAUCAUCGACUCUUACUCGUCCUACGCCGCCUCGGCUAUUGCAGCGAAGACCUUGCUUCGCUCAGAGGCUGGCGCUAUGGUCCCUCUCUUUGCGGAACAGAUGUUUCAUAAGAUGGGGUUUCAGUAUGCUGGAUUGCUCCUCGCGUUGUUCUCCUGCGUCAUUGGCCCUAUUCCGUUUGUAUUUUUCUUUUAUGGUCAUAAAAUCCGUGCGCGGUCGAAGAAGGCUUCCCAGAAGCAAAGGAUACCCGAUUCGCACAUUAUUCAGGCUGAAAAGGGAGGAGAGUGA